AGUGUGACAGCUUACGUCACGCAUAACAAACAUGGCGGCGCUCUGUAGGACACAGCUUCGCGGUGUGUUGGAAGAGACUUAUUAAAACGCUCUCUAUGGAGACUUUACACGGUGAACACACACUGUGAUUGUCUGUGAAUUAGCGGAGUGUUAAAUUCAACGUAGAACACAUCGGGAGAGAUGGGGCUGGAGCGUCUGUGUGGAGUGUUGGAGUUUUGCUCCAGGCGGCUCCGACUCGUUAACAUCCAGCGCAAAGUGUCAUUCUGUAGAAACACGUCCAUGUUGGCUCAGCCUUCACCCAGCAGCGGCCUGUCUACCCGGGUCUCAUGUCCACCGGGGCUGUGCUGGGGGACAUCGGUCCAGUCGAGCCGCCACGCCGCCCACAGGCAGCUGACAGCCCGCCGCAGCCUCUCCAGCUUCGCCCAGCCCUCCAGAGACGUCGUCCUGUUCGACCACGACCGGACCCGCUUCUUUCAGCUGCUGUCCGUCUUCUGCGGGGGACAGCUCGUCUUCUGGACCUACCUGGCUCACUUCGCCUACACGGGGCUCAGGAACACAGCGGGCACGGCAGAGAAAGGGACAGCCAAGACGACGUCCACCACCACCACCGGGCUGGCUGGGAUGUGGAGCUUUGAGAUGAACCUGGGGUCAAACAUCUGGAGGUACGGCUUCACGCUGGGAUGCCUGGCAGUCGGUGCCGGGAUCGUGGUGCUCGGGACUUUGUUUUGCCGACGCUCUGUGUGCAAGGUGGUCUUACAUCAAGGUGGGAGGAUGGUGACAGUCGGGACACAGUCGCCUUUGGGAGCAAGUCAAGGCCGGAGAAUAACUGUCCCGCUGUCCGAGGUGGCCUGUCACGCUCACAGGCAGCAGUCACCCUCAUUCAUCCCCCUCAGGGUCAAAGGACACAAGUUCUACUUCCUCCUGGACAAAGAGGGGACCCUGAACAACGCCAGGCUGUUUGACAUCACUGUCGGGGCAUUCCGGCACGUUUAACAUGGUGUUGGGCACCAAAAAGCAAAUAAAAAAAACUAUGGAAGACUGAUCAACAAAUCUAAUUUUACACAACGAUGGUAUCCCAGUUUCUGUUUGAUUGUUUCUCAGCAUGAAAAUAAAAUCUGUAAGCUCAAGACUUCUAGUUUAUUUAUCACUACUAUGACAUGAGAUAUUUGUUAACACUCUUUAGUGCUAAGGCAACACAUAAGGUGCAUAAUUGAUCAAUAAAAUCUGUUAAUUAAUCUUUCUUCAAGCAAUUAAAUCAAACAUUCCAGUUUCACAACUGUAAGGACUUGCUGCGUUUCUGGUCUCGUGAUAUUUAAUUGAAGACAAUUCAAAUUAAAAUAAUUGUUAGUUGCAACCAAUCACUGUCAUUAUGAACAGAUAGAUUUUCAAAGAAUAGUACAUUUGUGAAAUUUUAAAGUCUGAAAAGUAUUGAAUCUUUAAAUUUAUUUAAAAAUGACCAGUGUGUGUAAUUGCCAAUUUAAUCCAGUUAAAUUAACUGUUUAAACAAAACUGUUGCGAGAUUAAACUACUUGUUUUAGUGCUG